AUGCCCCUCAUCCCCACUACAUCCACUGCACCCUGCUUAGUAAGGCCACCGCUACCGCAAAAGAUCCACUCGGCGCCCAACCUCCGUGAUGCCGAUAAUUCUUCCUCUGCCGUGACCGUGACCCGGCGAUCCGCCUCCGACUCUGUUGAAGAUCCGACGCCGUCGACUCCUCCGAUUGAGCUUCAAUUCCUCGAUUCCAGAUCAAAAACCUUGUCUCCACCACCGCUCAAUCCAUCACGACCGACCCUAAGCUCCACGAAUUCGUCCUCCUCGACAUCUGGCUCAUAUUUUACGGCCGACAAGCUGUCACGCCGACAGCGCAGUAAGCUUUCAGAAGAGAUCUGGAAGGGAUACUGGUGA